UGAUGAGUUUCAAACGUAGAAAUGCGUUUAUUACCCCACCAUCCACCUGAGUAACUUUCAGUUAGCUCUCAAAGUUUGUGCGAUAUUUGUGGGUUAGAUAGAAAUUUUGAAACCACUCAACAUUUUCCGAUGCAAGAUACGUCUUAUACUACCCUGCUGCACAUCCCAGGCGCAGACGAUGAAUUGAUCACUUUUGAGGAACUGAGACCUGUAAAACACAGCAGCUUUGAGCAGAGUUAUGAAAAUACUUUCUACGACUCUUCUUGCUUACAUCAGAAUCCUUGUUCUUCCGGUAUAUAUGAAUCUGACCUAACAGAGACGUCUCAACAUUUGGAUGUAAAUGAUCUGCAAGAUGUUGAAACCACUAUAAGCUGUGGAAGUCGAAAAAGAAAAGCUUCAAUUAAACAACUAUUGAUUCCGGAAAAAGUUCCUCCCAGAGCGAGACUCGAACCUGCAUCAUCCGAAUCAUUAGUCCAGUGCUCUACGAACCAAGCUACCGAACUUACAAGGAGAGGUAGUUUUUCCGGAAUUAAAAAUUGUCUGCAAAACCAUAGUGAAAUAGAAAAACGAAGAAGGGAUAAAAUGAACACCUAUAUAACAGAGCUUUCAUCGAUGAUUCCAAUGUGUAGUACGAUAUCCAGAAAAGUGGAUAAAAUCACGGUUCUUAGGAGGGCCGUGGAGUAUUUGAAAUCUAUUCGUGGACCAACCCAAUCCUACACAGAAUCUCAUUUCAAACCUCCGUUCAUAACAGACCAGGAACUCAAACAUCUUAUUUUACAGGUUGCCGAAGGCUUUCUUUUCGUGAUUGGUUGCGAUAGAGGGAAGAUACUCUAUAUUUCAGAAUCUGUUUCAAAAGUUCUAUACUUUUCUCAGAAUGACCUACUCCGUCAAAGUUUAUUUGACAUUGUUCAUCCAAAAGAUGUUGCCAAAGUGAAGGAACAACUCUCAUCUUCCGAACAUAAUCCACGAGAGAAAUUCAUGGGAAGUAGAAUUUCUAGGUUAUGCCCUGGAGCCCGAAGAUCAUUUUUCUGUAGAAUGAAACGAAACAUUACAGCUCAAAUACAAGACAAAGCUAAUAGUCCGGAGGAGAAUGAUGAGGAGAAUCGCAUAACAGAAAGAAGAUACGCAGUGAUGCACUGUACCGGUUACCUGAAAUCAUGGCAUCCUACGAAGAUCGGUAUUGAUGAAACAGAUAUUGAUAUUGACGGAGAUUCUUACAACGUAUCUUGUUUGGUAGCUAUUGGUCGUAUAAUGAACCAUAUUGCUUCAACUGCCACCGCAUCCCAACAAAGAAUAAACACCAUGCCUAUCCAGUUCGUAUCCAAGCAUACCCUGGAUGGCAAGUUUCUCUUUGUCGACCAAAGAGUGACCCUUGUGUUAGGCUUCCUUCCACAGGAAUUAUUAGGAUGCAGUAUGUACGAGUAUUUCCACCCAGAAGACAUUCCCAUACUGGCAGAAACUCAUAAAAGUGUACUCCAAACGAUGGAUAGAUUCUUCACAAAACCCUACAGGUUCAAAACCAAGGUUGGCGUUUACGUCGAUAUUCAAAGUGAAUGGAGAGCCUUCAAAAAUCCUUGGACGAAAGAAAUUGAGUAUUUGAUAUCGAAGAAUAAUCUUGUGGUGGAUUGGGAAAAUGUGGAGAUAAAUGGUUCAAGGCCACGAAUAGAAAACUUUGAUUUCAUGAACGAAGGUACUCUGCUGCCAACUUCUGACAGCACCGAAGAUGGAAUCAUCAAGAUAAUGGAAGAUGUAACAAAAAAGCCUCCAAAUAUAAAACAACAAUCCGAUGGAAAUGAUGAGGCUGCGAUGGCUAUAAUCAUGAGUCUGCUAGAGGUUGAUGCUGGUUUAGGAGGACCUGUAGAUUACUCAGGACUACCUUGGCCCUUACCUUAAAGAUAUUACUUAUAUUAUUGUGACUGUAGAAAUAUAUAUUAGGAGUAAUUCUA